AUGAAAUCUCAAUUUGAAGUAUACUUGAGAUUAAAACCAUCCAAUAAGUAAUUAUUGUAAUUUAAACAGUUAAUCUUAAAAUGCCAUGCAAUAUCAAUUGAAUCAUAAUAAGAGAUUAUAAGUUAUAUUACCUAGACAUGUCAAAUUUGGAUUAGUCAAUAAUAGUAGAGAUAAUCUAGAAUUCAAUUUCACUCAUAUAUUUGAUUAAAAGUCUACAUAAGAAUAAGUAUUUAGUACUGUCACUAUUCCAGUCAUUAAUAGGUAAUGAACUAAUUUCAAAUCUUAUUUUAGUUUCUUAGAUGGAUAUAAUGCUACCAUUUUUGCUUAUGGAUAAACUGGAUCAGGUAAAACAUAUACAAUGAGUGGUGCAGAAACUUGGUAAUUAAGAGGAGUAAUCCCAAGAGCAUUAUCUUAUAUAUUUGAUGAAAUAGAUAAACGAACUAAGUUUGAAUAUAAAAUCUAUAUUUCCUUUAUGGAAAUUUAUAAUGAAAAUGCUUAUGAUUUAUUAGAAAAGAGACAUCUUGAAACUCCUUUAGAAUAAUGGAACAAAGUAAUUAAUUUCUAUUACACAUAUUAGAUUGCAUUAUAUGAAGAUGAUUAAAACAAUAUUCAUUUAAAAAACUUAUCAAUUCAUUAGUGUAAUAAUGAAUAAGAAGGAAUUGAUCUACUUAUGAUGGGCAAUUUUAUUAGAUAAGUUAGUUCAACUCCAAUGAAUCAAUCAAGUUCAAGAUCCCAUUGUAUAUUCACUGUAACUCUUGAAGGUUGUGAUACAACCAGUGAAACAUGUUUUUUAAGCAAACUCCACUUAGUUGAUUUGGCUGGAUCUGAAAGAAUCAGUAAAUCUUAAGUUGAAGGUAAUCUAUUAAAUGAAGCUAAAUAUAUAAAUCUUUCAUUAACCUAUUUAGAAUAAGUCAUUAUAGCAUUAAAUGAAAGAAUGAAGGGUGCCAAUAGAUAACAUAUACCAUAUAGGAAUUCAUUAAUGACCACUCUACUUAAAGAUUCAUUAGGAGGCAAUUGUAAAACAGUCAUGAUUUCAACUAUUAGCUCUGAAAAUGAUAACAUAGAAGAAACUUUGUCAACAUUAAGAUUUAGUUAAAGAGUUGGUUAAUUAGAAAAUGAGGUAUUAUUAUAAAUAUAAUUAUAUAAAGAUAAGAAGAAAUGAAAAAAUUGAUUUAGAAGCAGUAGUCAAAAGAUUAGAAUAGGAAAAACUGAUACUUAUUAGAGAAUUAGAAUAAUAUUAAAGAGGUGGUAAUGUCAAUUCAAACAAUAAGAAAUUAUAAACAUAAUAAUAAAUGUUACCUAUGACUAAUGGAAUUCCUUUAAAUUAAAAGGAAAUCACAGAAAAAGUAGAACUUUAUUUAAAUGAACGAAUUACAUAAUUAGAUAUUAAAAGUGUAGAGGAAGCAUAAAUAUGUUUUGAAGCAAUGAAAGACUUAUAUAAUACAAGAAUGAAAGAAUAUGUUACUGAACUUACAUUUAUAUCUGAAAAAUUAUAGAAAUAUGAUGAAAUCUUAACCAGAAAGUAAUUAUUUAAUUUAAUUAUCUUAGAAAAGAAUAGAGUUCAUUUUUAGAAUAAAAAGAAAACAGUUCUCCAGAAGUUGAAGUUUAUAGAAGAAAUGAAUCUCCUUAAAUUAAUUUUAAAAAGAAACCAAAUUAAUGA